CGAAUCCAAACCCCAUCCACCACAAUAAAACGCAUAACUCUAGCCAAAUACCAAACAACCCCUUACUGAAUUCGAAUCCAAACCCGACCCGGAUACACAGUACAUAUAUACGGAACAAAUAUACGCUUAUUUCAAUUUUCCCUCUUCCCUAGUAAAUAAAUCCCUCGAACAAAAAGUAAGAAGGAAAGAAUACUACUGCAUCACUUGCAAUUAUUCAGUUAGGGUUAGGGUUAGGGUUGAAUUUGGGGAUAAAUUCCAAUUUCCAAUUACAAUGUACGCUGAUCGGGUCGAAUCAGCAACCCGGAAAAGGUCUAUAAACGAAAGGAUUAACAACAAUCCUUAUGAUAAUUCUCGUAAUCGCACACAAAUUUCAGGCAAAAGGCAUAGAGAAGAGGACGACAAAUGGGUGCGUGACCUUUAUGAGCCUCAUGAACUUCAAGGAUCAAAUCAGAGAGUUGGUUCAAUGGAUCUUCGUCUCAAGCUCCAAAGAAGAAAAAGUAUCCAACAAGCUACUCAGAUUAUAAAGGAUUCUUUAUCUGGAGGUACGAGGGAUCUGCAGAAAAAGCUCUCUGCUACUGUAUACUCGCAAACAGUGAAAACUGAUGCCCACCAAAAAAAGCUAAAGACAAUUCUUGAAGCCCCCCGAAAAAAGCUAAAGACAAUUCCUGAAGUAAGCCAACCUGACAAGAGAAGUAUCAUAGCUGAAGCUCCUGCCGCAGAGACCAAACAUGUUUCCAGCAAAGUUUCUAAGAAGAAGUCCCAGCAGAAGGUUGAAUCAGUAGACAGUUUUCUACAAGCAUUGGGUCUUGAAAAGUAUACAAUUACAUUUCAAGCUGAAGAAGUUGAUAUGGCCGCUCUCGUACACAUGACUGAUGAAGAUCUUAAAGCUAUGGGAAUGCCAAUGGGUCCAAGGAAGAAGAUACUUUCAGCAUUGGAAUCUAAAGUCUGAUAUUUGGGGGUUACAUCUUCCUCUGGUAGCUUUGUACAAGUCUAUUUCUGGGAUUUAUUUCCUUUGUGGGUGGGUGGGGGGUUUGGGGUGGGUUGGGGGUGGGGGGUGGAGGGGAGGUUAAAAUGUGGCUAACAUGAGUUCACUCAGACACUUACUAGUAGCUAAUCUGAAUGUAAUUUCAUGAGCUAAUUAAUGGUUUUUGUCUGAGGUAGAGGUAGUGAUAUGGACCGCGUACAUCUUAUCCUCCUCAGACUAGGUAUGUUAUGUCAUUCAGGUGCCAAUCAUGCAAAGUUUGCCUCUUUAACACCCCCACCCCCGGGUCCCUUAUCCUCCUCAGACUCCACUUUGUGGAAAUAUACUAGGUAUGUUAUUGUUGUUGGUCGCUCAGCAUGUCAUUCGGGUGCCAAUUAUGUAAAGUUUGCCUCUUUACCCCCCGCCCCCGCCCCCCUCCCCCAAGGAAAAGAAUAAAGAAGCAAGAAGAUGGAUACCAUGAUCGAUUAAGAAGAAUCUUUUUGAAUUACUGUGUUAUCGGAACUUUCAGGAAAAGAAGAAAAGUUUAUGUAGAUACUUGUUUUGAGCUAGCUUUAUGUUCUAGCUAGGGGUGGGCAUGGUAUGGUAUAUACUGAAAUAUCAUAUCGAAUUAAAUUUUUUGAUAUUGUGGUUUUGAUAUUAUGGUAUUUGGUAUGGUAUGGUUUACAUUUUAAUCCU